AUGCUCGCAACCUUCCGCUCGAUCGCGCUGAGCGUCAUGCAAAAGUACGCCGAGUUCGGCGUCGAGGCCGCGCCGCCCAAGCCGUACCCGUUCGACGUGGCGGUCCUCCCAACACGCGACGACCUCGUCGACAUGUGGCUGCCGCUGGAGCGAGAGCGCACGGCGCCGCUGCGGUCGGGCACCGACACGAUGGCACGGACGUGCAAGCUGCAUGGCGACACGGUCUUUCUCAAGUGCAUCGACUUGACGACGUCGUCGACCGCCAACAAGACAGACUUUGUCGCGAAACUCAAGGAGAUGAAGGCGCUGCGCCACAAGAACAUUGUCGAGGUGCAAGGCGUCUCGCUCGUCGUCUACUCGACAACGCUCUGCGCCGCCAUGGAGUUUAUGGCCCAAGGCUCGGUGCUCAACGUCAUUUACAACAAGAAGACGGAGCUUAGCGCCAAGCAGAUGUGGGCCAUGUGCCUCGACAUUGCCGAGGGCCUCGCCUACCUCCACAAGGACGCCAAGCGUGCGCACGGCAGCCUCUGCACCAUGCACGUGCUCGUCAACGCCGCGGGCACUUGCAAGCUCAACGUCCAGGCGAUUGUCAAGGCGCCAGCGAGCGUUGACGCGUACGGUGUCAUGGAGAUGGCCUACCGGGCGCCGGAGACGCUGGAUGGGCACCACGCCCUGGACCUCGCCGCGCGCCAAGCCGCCGACAUCCGGUCGCAGCCCUAUGCACAAGUCUAUGCCGAGCAUGGGUACGUGCGCGGCGAUCUGCUUAUUGCACAGGCCAAGGUGACGGGGGCGCUCGCCCCGUUUUCGACGCCGGCGACGUGGCCCACUGACGCCGCAAGCGUCAUCACGCGGUGUCUUGCGACAGAGGCGUCGGUCCGACCGUCAAUCACCGAGGCUGUCGCCGUCGUCUCGGCGCAGGUCGCGCAAUUCGCAUAG